UAUGUUUUUUUAAAAAAAGACCAGUACGUCGGGAUGUACUGUAGCAAUUGACAAAUCUCAAGACAAAAAUAGAAUCCUCUCCUCACCUUUCCAACCUCUUCUUCGAAGCUUCAUCUCUGUAUUUUAUAUAAAAUAAAAGGCUGAAGACGACUGUGGGAAGCUAUCCAUACGCGGCCUUCUCGUCUUCCACGUGUACGGAGAUCUCGCAUCGUCCACUUAUCAUAUCCACAGUCACGACGCAGCAGGACCAUCUGAUCUCUGGCAUUUGAUUGUGAUUGGAUUAGGUUUUAUUUUCCAGGAACAUAAAACAAGUUUCGACGGAUCCGGGCCAUUCAUCUGAUGAGGCACCACCGCCAGCAUUUCAGUAAUCAGAGGCUACAGAUUGUUCAAUGAAUCUGAUUUUCGGACUUUGACUGACAGCUCACCAGGACUUCAUCUAAGACAAUGGAAUCUGGUACUAAUGGUACAGAUGGAGAAUCCCAAAGAGUUCGACCAUACAAUGGUGCUCCUGAAUUGGUCUCAUCAUCAUCUAGUAGACGUGAAAUGAUAGAUUCAUCUAGUUCAUUCCAUCAAGCAAACAAUAUCGAAACAAGGAAAGAAUCAUUUCGUAGUUUGGGCAAUUCGGGUUCAUGGAGAUACGGUUCAAUAAGCUUCUCACGUGGGGUUUCUACACAAGCACUUGAGGAUAUUGAGAGUGAGAUCGUUGCACGAGCAGGGGAUGAUGGAUGUAGCAGAAGUAGCAGCCUGCGGUUUGAGGUGAAUGAAUUGCAUUCCAUUGAGAAUGGAGUUGGGACAAUUCCUAUUGAUCUGAUCAUACAGUCCAACAUCUGUGAUACUUCAAUGCUGAAUGUUAUGUCGGCGACGUCACCAAUGACUUCUGAAAUUAUUUCUCCUCUUUCAUCCGAUGCUUUCAUAUAUUCAAGAGACAAUGAAUGCAGUGAUUUGCAGAAGCAGAAUACACCUGGACCUGGCAAGGUUAAUCAGAAACAAGCUCCUUGGUUGUUGGAGUACAUAUCAUGCCUUUUUCAUUUAGCUGUUUUUGGAAUUUUGGGGGUAUUGUUGAGGUAUAUACUACAAAAGUUGUUUGGCCCUAACGUCUCUGGCCUUACAGCAGAUGGAACGGCUUUUUACCUUGACCUCCCAUCUAACAUUGUGGGUUCUUUCUUGAUGGGCUGGCUGGGUGUCGUGUUCAAAGCAAACAUAAGCCGUGUCUCUGAUCUGGUAGCCAUUGGACUGACCACAGGAUUCCUGGGCAGCCUCACCACUUUCAGUGGUUGGAAUCAGAAAAUGCUGGAGUUGUCUGCAGAUGGCCGAUGGGUGGUUUCCAUUGUUGGUUAUAUCAUAGAUACGGGGAUUGUAUAUUUUUUCAUCGGUUUCGGGGUUUGGACUGCCAGAGGUUUUCGAUGGCUUUUGAGUCGACUUGGCGUGAGGAAUUUGGUUAGAUGGAAGGUGGAUAGUUGCAAGCGCCACUUGGUAGCCUUGUUGGUGUUGGUAUUGAUGCUGGCCUUGUUAUGGGCUAUGAGUGGGGCAUUGCUGAAGACCCGAUUGGAAGCUGAUAAGAGCAGUGCCCAAUUGUGGUUGGCCUGCAUCGUCGGGCCUCUAGGUGUGUGGGCUCGGUGGUUCCUCGCCCGGCUCAAUGGUCGAGGGUUAGGAAGGAAGGGAUCGAUGAAGUGGGUCCCGUUUGGGACUCUCCUUGCUAAUGUAAUUGCAGCUUGUCUUAUGGCAGCACUGGCCACAACAAAGAAAGCAGUUAACACGAAGCGGUGUGAAAUCAUUGUGAAUGGCAUUCAGCUUGGGUUCUUAGGUUGUUUAAGCACUGUUUCUACCUUCGUCGCUGAGGUCUAUGCUAUGGCUCAUAGCAAAUGCCCAUGGAGAGCAGCUGUCUAUGUUGCACUCACAGUUGUUCCCUCGUUUGCCUUGGGGACAUUGGUAUACUCUGUGCCUGUUUGGACGAAGGGAUAUUAAUGUGGUGGCCCACUGGUAAUCAAUGUCUCUCCAAAUUUACAUGUGUAUACAAUGACACAUCGGUAUGUAUUUCAUACGCCGGAGAAAUAUGACUAUGCACAUGCUUGCACCCUGCUACUAUACACAUGGUAUGCAUCGAUCACAAUCCAAACGAUCUGUAACAUUGGACGCUGUGUCGAUGGUCAUAUCCCAGAAAUCAGAUUCAAUGGACUCCUAAUAUCCUGUUUUGAUUAUGGAAUUUUGGACCACUAUGUUUUCCGUGACCUUUGAUCUAAUGUAGUUCCUUUGGUCAUGACCCAUAUACUGUCAGCCCCAAUAUUUGAAUGGCUUGGGACUGGGCCACAUGUAUGCCAUGUGUAUAGCGGCUGCACACGUGGCUAUAAAUGGAUACGCCGCCAGAGUAUCAACAGCUUUGUCUUGGACAGUAGCAUCAACUUAAAUGCAUUUGAUUGAAUCUGAAAGGCAUCAAUUUGAAUAAUAUUCUAUCUUCAUUUGAUUUCUA